AUGCUGCCGCUCGUUUUUUUCUUCAUUUCUCUUAUCCAUAUUGUGAACAGUGGUGGCGUACAAAUAGUGACAUGCGCUGUUACAGUUGGAGCUGUUCAACGACCAUCUGUUCAUGCGCAGCGAUGUACAAAUCGAGAUGAUCGAGUAAAUUAUUUAGUUAGUGACUUGUGUGAAAACCCUACCUUGCGAAACCUUGCACUUCGUGAAUGUUCAAGUCACUGCGCCUUCUGUUGUAAAACAAAGCAAUUUGACUGCCCAAAUGCAGCGGGAGCAGAAGGUGCAUGUCAACGAUUGUACAAUGAAGGCAGCUUGUGCAGCGAUCAACGGUUGAAUGAUAUUGCAUUAAGAAGAUGUCCACACACAUGUGGACUCUGCGAUAGACCAGGCGCGCUUGGAGCUUGUCCAGAUCAAGACGAAUAUUGCGCGAUAAGACUCCUUGGUGAUCCAACUUGCAGCACAGAUUUCAUGAAGAAGUUAUGUAAAAAGACAUGUAAUUUAAGGGAUUGUUUGCCAGAGAAUAAUAGCACUAUUCAGUCGAAAACUUGCUUCGAUUCAGAUUCUCGAUGUCGAGAAAAUGCCAAAUACUGUUUUAUCGGUGAAUAUGGAAAAGUAAUGAGUAGAGUGUGUCGACUCACUUGUGGUUAUUGUCGCCCUUGA